GCUAAAGGAGGAAAACAGGCACCUAAAGUAGCCAAGAAAGGUGAAAAAAGAGCCGGCAAAAAAGGAGGAAAGAUUGGUGGAACUGGUGAAAAGAAACGCAAGAGAAAGAGAAAGGAAAGUUAUGCUAUUUACAUCUACAAUGUUUUGAAACAAGUUCACCCAGAUGUCGGAGUUUCAAGCAAAGCUAUGAGCAUCAUGAACUCAUUUGUCAACGACAUCUUUGAGCGCAUUGCUUCCGAAGCUUCGCGUUUGGCUCUUCAAAACAAAAAGUCGACCAUCUCUUCUCGUGAAAUUCAAACCGCAGUACGUCUUCUCUUGCCUGGAGAACUUGCAAAACACGCAGUCAGUGAAGGAACAAAAGCCGUCACAAAAUACACAGCAGCAAGUAAACCAACGUCAGUCUUCCUUACGUUUUAA